UAGCCUGUAGGCGGGGAGAAGGAAAGGAGAAGGUCGGCGUCUCAUUGCUCCACCUCAUCCGAGUGACGCCUCUUUUAACCAAUCGCGGGCGCGCUCAGGCCCUCAUCGGAGCGCUGGAGGCCUUGUGGAGGAGUCAGUUGAGAACGCGAGGGGGAAGACGUUGGCAUGAACAGAAUUCGCAUCCAUGUUUUGCCAUCAAGUCGGGGGCGACUUACCCCUGUGCCAAGACAGCCAGAAGCCUUGUCGUGUGCCUUUGCCCAUCGGCCGUGCUCCCAGCCGCGUUUGGAGGGGCAUGAGUUCUGCAUUAAGCACAUCCUUGAAGACAGGAAUGCACCCUUCAAGCAGUGUAGCUACAUUUCCACGAAGAAUGGGAAGAGAUGUCCAAACGCAGCUCCUAAGCCUGAGAAGAAGGAUAGUGUGUCAUUUUGUGCUGAGCAUACUCGCAGAAAUGCCCUGGCACUACAAGCUCAGAUGAAGAAGUCCAACCCUAGUCCAGUGCGAGAGUCUCUCCUCUGCCAGCUGAGUUCCUAUGCCAAGACAGAGUUGAGUUCCCAGACUGCAGAGAGUAGCCGCAGUGAAGCUAGCAGGAUACUGGAUGAAGACAGCUGGAGUGAAGGAGAGCAGGAGGCUUUAACCGUGGAUCAGACAUGGCGAGGUGAUCCUGACAGUGAAGCAGACAGCAUUGACAGUGACCAGGAAGACCCAUUGAAACAUGCUGGUGUGUACACUGCUGAGGAAGUGGCUCUGAUAAUGCGGGAGAAACUGAUCCGGCUUCAGUCUCUGUACAUCGAUCAGUUCAAACGGCUUCAGCACCUCCUGAAAGAGAAGAAACGCCACUACUUGCACAGCCGCAAAGUGGAACAUGAAACCAUAGGCAGCAGCCUCCUGACAGGCCCAGAGGGACUUCUGGCCAAAGAGCGUGAAAACCUGAAACGGCUGAAAUACUUGAGGCGAUACCGGCAGCGCUAUGGUGUGGAGGCUCUUCUGCACCGGCAACUGAAGGAGCGCAGAAUGCUGGCCACUGAGGGUGCUGCCCAGCAGGCACAUACUACUCGUUCCAGCCAGAGAUGUUUGGCUUUCGUGGAUGAUAUCCGAUGUUCAAACCAGUCUCUCCCAAUGGCAAGACACUGCUUCUCUCAUAUCUGCCAGGAUACGAAUCAACUUCUCUUUAAGCUGUGCCAAGGAUCAGAAGAAGCAUCCUGCAGUAAGCCAGUGCCUGUAAGCCUCUCUGAAGACCCCUGCUGCCCACUCCACCUCCAGCUCCCACUUCAGAUGUACAUUCCUGAACAAGUAUUGUCUGUGCCACAAGAGCUAGAAGCUACUUCCACAGAUAUGUACUUGAGUGCAGCAGAACUCCGGCCCACAGAGAGCUUGCCGCUGGAGUUCAGUGAUGAUUUGGAUGUUGUUGGGGAUGGCAUGCAGUGUCCCCCUUCUCCUUUGCUUUCCGAUCCUUCUACUGUCCUUGAGAACCAGUUGAAUAAAACUGUUGCUGAAGGCUCCAUAAAUGUUCAUUCAAGUGAAGAGUCUGCUCAGGAAGGCCUUCUGAACCAAAUGCCACAGCCAGGGAGAGCAGGCUUUCCCAGGCAAAGAGUCUCUCCUCCCUCAGAGUCACCGGAAGAGCUCUUGACACAGCACUUUGUAACAAGUGGGUCUGGUCUGGAACAGGGUAAAAAGGACGAACCUGCAACCAAUGGGAAUUCAGAACCAGUCCCCAUCAGUUGAUAGAAACACAGAUGGAGAUCUACUGGAAUGAUGGCUGUAUUUGAUUCUCUUGAACGCCUCCUGACUCGUUAUGUUUCUCAGUCAUUUGUUCAAGUUAGCAGAGUCUGUGAAAGACUACGCAUUGCCCAGAUUUCUGGUAGUCUUAAUAUUACUUACUAAUUGCCUUUUACAUGUUUUAAACAAGUUUAACUGGCAUAGUUUCAGAGAGCAUGAGAAAGUCUCUGAGUAUUUGUUUAAUACACAUUCACACAGAGGCUGUGGCUAAUUUAUACUUGUAACAAUAAUAAGCUCUGAUAAGAAGGUAUGACUUGGAGAUUUUUUCCUCCCAAAAUUGGGUUUUGGGAAUGUGUUUAAAACCAUGGACUUCAUGGAAAAGAUGAGAUUAUUAGAUGUACCAUAUAUGAGCCUGUUAAUGUAUAAUUGUUCAUAGGCUGCACAACUGUUUUUUGUUUUUGUUUUUUGUUUUUUCUAUGACUCUGAACAGAUUUCCAGUUGUAGCUUUAACUUCUGUCUGUAAAUCCCUUGUAGAAUAAAAAUAAAUACUAGAUGGAA